CGACGAACGUUCGUGGGAGGUCCACGCCCUCUCACACAGAGCACUGGCACUUCUUGAAGAAGAUAAAAGGACAGCGCACUCCCCUCUCCAUUCCUCUCCACCAAGCGCACAAUUCAACACCUCUCCGCUCGACACAACAUGUCCACCACCGCCCUCUCAGCCACCUCCGCAAAGCUCAACGGCCUCCUCGACACGCUCUUGGACGCCUUUUUCAAGAACUCGCCUGAAGCGGGUGCUUUUCUCGACUGGCCCCGUUAUCGCGAUGAGAUCUUCGACCUGACAAAGCAGGACGAAUACCUCGCCACCUGCGCCCACACCGCCGCCGAACUCGACUUACUCGACAAAUCCACCCUCACCGAGGAUGAGCAAAACCUGAUUAUCAUGGUCAAGUCCUUCAUCAAAAAAGAGACGCUGGAGGCGCGGACCAUCUCGCGGAAGGAUAUGCCCGCGACCCAUAUGCAGGGCACGAUCGUGGGCUCGUGGAUGCAGCUCGUCCAUGCGUCGGCGGUCAAGACUGUGAAGGAUAUCGAGAACUUCAGGUCGAGGCUGGAGAAGAUUGCGCCGAGGAUGGAUCAGGUCAUUGACGGGUUUCGCAAGGGCAUCGAGUCCAAAUAUACGCUCCCGAUCCGUUCCAUCGACCUCCUCAUCAAAGGCUGCGACGGCUACAUCACCGAAGACCCCGCCACCAACCCCUGGAACAUCGUGAAAGACGUCACAGCCGUCGGACUUCCCGAAGACUUUCUCCACGACGCGAUCCGCACGAGCGUGGUGCCCGCACACAAGAAACUCAAGACCUUCCUGCAGGACGAGUACCGCCAGCACGCCCGCAAAUACGACGGGAUCUACGGCAUGCCCGGGUCCGAGGAAGCCUACCAAGACUUCAUCAGGAUCCACACCGACUCGGACGUCACCGCCGACGAACUCCACCAACUCGGUCUCAAAGAAGUCGCGCGCAUCGCCACGGAGAUGGAAGCCACGAUCGCCAAGCUCGGGUUCCAGGGCUCCAUCAAGGACUUCAUCAACGCCCUCAACGACAAAACGCAGUACCCCCACCUCUACAUCGACAACGUCGACGACAUCAUCCCCGCCUACGAAUCCCUCCUCAAAAUCAUCGACGCCAAGAUGCCCGCCUUCUUUGGCAAGUUCCCCAAAGACAAGUGCGCCAUCGUCGCCGUACCCGCCCACUCCGAAGCCGGCGCCCCGGAAGCGAUGUACUUCCCCGGCACCAAAGAAAAGCCCGGCAAGUUCCUCGUCAACCUCUCCCUCGCCAAAGGGGUGCCGACGCACGGGAUGCGCGCCUUGCUUUUGCACGAAGCGAACCCGGGCCACCAUCACCAGAUGUCGCUGGCGCUCGAGCGGGACACCGACCAUGAUAUCCGCAAGUUGAUCUUUUCGACCGCGCAGGUGGAGGGGUGGGGACUGUAUUCGGAGAGUCUGGGCGUCGAGCUGGGGAUGUACGAGGACCCGCUGGAUUGGUUUGGACGGUUGGAAUUGGAGAUGCAUCGCGCGUUGCGGUUGGUGGUCGAUACCGGCCUGCACCACCUCGGCUGGUCGGUGGACAAAGUCAAAGACUCAAUGCGGCCGUACGUCUCCCUCUCGGAAUCGACGCUCGAGAACGAAGCCAUCCGCUACGCCUGCAUGCCGGGGCAAGCGCUCGCGUACAAGUACGGGGAGAUCAAGAUCCAGGCGAUGCGGGCGACCGCGGCGAAGCGGUUGGGGGACAAGUUUGAUUUGAGGGCGUUUCAUGAUGUGUUGAUGGGGCUCGGCACUGCGCCGUUGGAUUAUUUUGAGACGGUUGUCGGGAAGUGGGUGGACGCGCAGUUGAGCGAGUAGGUGUAGGUAGGUAGAUAGAUAGAUAGGGGGUUUGGACGGUGGCG